AUGUUUGCUUCAUCUAGUGAUCAUACUGUUAUUAUUCCAGAUAUACCUGUACAAUCAAAUGAAAAUCUCAUUCCUAUAAAAAUGAUUGAUAGUUCUAUAAUUUCAAUUCAAUUAAUAAGUCCACAAAGUGGACGUUUAAAACGUCGACAUUGUUUUCUAUUAAUAUUUAUAUUUCUUUUUUCAAUAUUAAGUUUAUGUACUAUAUAUAUAUUAUUUCCUAAAAUAGAUGCUACAGAUAAAAAUGCACUUAAAAUUCCAAAAACUAUUGAUGAUGCUAAAAUUCUUGGAAAUAUUUUAUAUAAAUAUAGUAAACAUCAUCGAUAUAUUAUAAUGAUUGCUUUUUUUCUCACAUAUAUUUUUUUACAAACAUUUGCAAUACCAGGUUCAAUAUUUUUAAGCAUAUUAGCUGGAUUUUUAUAUCCAUUUCCUUUAGCAUUAUUUCUUGUCUGUUUAUGUUCAUCAUUAGGUGCAAGUUUUUGUUAUUUACUUUCUCAAAUAUUUGGUCGACAUAUACUUUUAAAAUAUUUUCAUGAUAAAAUAAUUUUAUGGCAAAAAAAAGUUCAAACACAUACAGGUAGUCUUAUAUGGUUUAUUAUAUUUUUACGUAUAACACCAAUAUUACCAAAUUGGUUUAUUAAUGUUUGUUCACCUAUACUUGAUGUACCAUUAGGACUUUUUUUUGCUGGUACAUUUGCUGGUGUUGCAUUACCAUCGAUAUUAUUUAUUCAAGCUGGUAAAACACUUCAUCAAUUAACAUCAGCAUCAGAUGUAUUUUCAUGGCGUUCAAUGUUAAUACUUGGAAUUUGUGCAAUUUUAUCAUUAGUUCCAAUACGUUUUAAAGAUAAAAUACAAAAUUUUUUUAAAAAACAAAGUUAA